UAAAAGAAAGUGAUAGUUUCACGUGAAUGCACAGAAACAGAACACGUGCAAACAAACGAGGAAUCCUUUAUUGCUGCCGAUGAGGUAGGUGUGGCUGGUGAUAGCAACAACAAUUUAAUACCUCAAAAAUGGUUCACUCUCUGCUCCUACUUCUUCUCCUCCUCACUCUCACUGCAACCUCUGCUCAACAUGACGGCCCUUCGAUCACAGCCACCAUGGAGCAAUUCUCCGGUUACAAAAUCCACGAACCUCACUCUUUCCAACCCUCUUCACUCUCCGUUGAUGCUCAGGCUCUUCAGAACCAGAUUGAUGAGCUUGCGGCGUUUUCUGACUCACCUGCUCCAUCAGUAACCAGGGUCUUGUAUACUGACAAGGAUGUUUUAGGUCGCAGGUAUGUAAAAACCCAGAUGGAACUUGCUGGCCUAUCUGUGAGAGAGGAUGCUGUUGGUAACAUAUUUGGUCGUUGGGAUGGCCUUGAACCUGAGCUUGCUGCAGUUGCAACAGGUUCGCACAUUGAUGCUAUACCUUACUCGGGAAAAUAUGAUGGAGUUGUUGGUGUUUUAGGUGCUAUUGAAGCCAUCAGAGUCCUGAAAAGGUCUGGUUUUAAACCUAGAAGACCAUUGGAAGUCAUAUCAUUCACAUCAGAAGAACCAACACGCUUUGGAAUAGGUUGCUUGGGAAGCCGCCUAUUGGCUGGAAGUGAGGAUCUUGCAAAUUCUCUAAAGACAUCAACUGAUAUUCAAAACAUAUCUUUCCUAGAUGCUGCGGGAUCUGCUGGGUAUUCAAAAAAUGAAGAUGACUUAUCCAGUGUAUUUUUAAAGAAAGGAACAUAUUCUGCUUUUGUAGAACUGCACAUAGAACAAGGACCUAUUCUGGAAGAUGAAGGUAUAUCUAUAGGCAUAGUUACUGCCAUUGCAGCUCCAGCAAGUCUAACGGUUGAAUUUGAAGGCAAUGGUGGCCAUGCGGGUGCUGCCCUUAUGCCUAACAGAAAUGAUGCUGGUCUGGCUGCUUCUGAAUUAGCCCUGGCUGUAGAGAGGCAUGUGUUGGAUUCUGGUUCAAUUGAUACUGUUGGCACUGUCGGUAUCCUGGAACUGCAUCCUGGAGCAAUCAACAGCAUCCCCAGCAAAUCUCACCUAGAAAUUGACACAAGAGACAUUGAUGAGGAAAGAAGAAAUAAAGUGGUUGAGAAAAUUCAUCAAUCAGCAAUUAAAAUAACCAAAACACGAGGUGUCAAGCUCUCUGAUUUCCGUGUCAUCAAUCAGGAUCCACCAGCCAUUUCUGAUGAAGCAGUCAUCAAGGCAGUAGAGACUGCAACAAAAGAACUAAACUUGACAAGCAAGUUGAUGAUUAGUAGAGCCUAUCAUGAUUCAUUGUUUAUGGCCAGGUUGUCUCCAAUGGGCAUGAUUUUCAUUCCAUGUUACAAAGGGUACAGCCAUAAGCCUGAAGAGUUUGCCACCAUUGAAGAUAUGUCAAAUGGUGUAAAGGUAUUGGCGCUCACCCUAGCCAAAUUGUCCAGUCAGUAACAUCUUCUGUAUUGAGUUUAUGUGGACUAUCAUUGUAGAAAAAGGACAUGUAAUUUAUUUCUGUUACAGCCUACUGAUUAAAUAAUUUCAAAUUUUGGAUAUACCCCCUUUAAUCUAUCAGAAUGAGGGGCUGAACCAUUCAAUAUGAAAAGUGGAUCUAUAAGAACCACUUUUUUAUAGGACUAAAAUGAAAACUCCCUGUGGAAGGAGUCACGGCAGUGAAUUUUAUUUCACCAGAGUGUUUAAAAGACAAAGGAACUACUGAUAUUGUAGAAUCCAGUUGCAAUACCCCAACCAGAAUAGCCUUUUUAUA